AUGACGGUGGAGAAGAUCGACGCGACGGUGGCCGACUUCGACGGCCACUUCGAGAGGCUCUUCGCCGGCGACGACGGCGGCAAGCUGAAGCUGCUGCUCUUCCUCGCCGACCGCGAGCCCUCCUCCUCCCUCACCUGGUGCCCCGAUUGCAACGUGGCGGAGCCGGUGAUCUACGAGAAGCUGGAGUCGCUGGGCAAGGACGUGGUGCUCCUGCGCGCGUUCGUCGGCGACAAGCCCACGUGGAGGGACCCGGCCCACCCGUGGAGGGUGGACCCGCGGUUCGCGCUCAAGGGCGUGCCGACGCUGCUGCGGUGGGACAAGGGCGCCGCCGCCGGCCGCCUCGAGGACGACGAGGCCAACGUCGGGGACAAGAUCGAUGCCCUGCUCAAUUGA